AGUUCUCACAGGCAAAGGCAUGGAAUUGUAUCUCUUCUCCUAAGUUGCUUACAGAGUAGCAGAGGAGAAGGCCACGGACCUAGCCAGCAAGAUACAAUAGAAACAGAAAGUACUGUGUCCAAGGCCUCAGCCUAGAGAGGGAGUCUCACUCCACCCCCAGAUCUGACUAUAUCUUCCUUGAGCUCCUGUUUCCGGAAGAGGUGAUUUUCUGAGUGUGACUCCUCUGUUCCUGGCACCCUGUGCAUCCUUAGCCAUAGCUUACAAGAGAACAGCUGGUUGUGAUGGCAGGAGGCCCUCCCAACACCAAGGCGGAGAUGGAAAUGUCCCUGACAGAAGAACUGAAUCAUGGCCGCCAAGGGGAAAACCAAGAGCACCUGGUGAUAGCAGAAAUGAUGGAGCUUGGAUCUCGGUCCCGGGGUGCCUCCCAGAAGAAGCAGAAGUUGGAACAAAAAGCUGCUGGCUCUGCUUCAGCCAAACGAGUUUGGAAUAUGACUGCCACCCGACCCAAGAAAAUGGGGUCCCAGCUGCCAAAGCCCAGAAUGCUGAGAGAAUCAGGCCAUGGGGAUGCCCAUCUCCAGGAGUACGCUGGCAAUUUCCAAGGCAUACGUUUCCAUUAUGAUCGCAACCCAGGGACAGAUGCAGUGGCGCAGACUAGCCUGGAAGAGUUCAAUGUACUGGAGAUGGAGGUCAUGAGAAGACAGCUGUAUGCAGUCAACCGGCGUCUGCGCGCCCUGGAGGAACAGGGCGCCACCUGGCGCCACAGGGAGACCCUGAUCAUCGCCGUGCUGGUGUCGGCCAGCAUUGCCAACCUGUGGCUGUGGAUGAACCAGUGAUCGCCCCAGCGCGGCCUCCGUAUUGGAGCCCUCCCUGCUUCCCCUUCUUUCUUUCCUCUUUCCCCAGGCCGCCACUGCCCUUGCCCCUUUCAUCUCCCAGCAGCCCUCAGGAGCGUCAGGAUCAUUUUCAACUCUGGUUAGGCCUCCUACCUGGGGAGGCCAGGUCACUGCACUGGGAGGUCCUGGCUGCUGCGAAGGUGGAGGAGGACCGCGUGGGCUGAGAUGCCACCCUUUGAAGGGUGAACAGCAUGGCGGCAUCUGGGCCCCACAGUAACACCUAGUGGCAACCUUGCCUUCCUGACCUCAGCGGCCCUUCUGUUCCAUCCUCUGUGGGCAGGGGUGUGGCUUUGUUUUCCUCCCUCGUUUGCUUCCACCUCGUGCACAGCGCUCUGCACAGACAACACGCUCAAUAAAAGUUCAGCCAUAGCAGGAAAA